AUGGUGGUGACACGGGACGAGGAAACGAGCGUCCCGCUGACGGAGCCGGAGGCACGAGUGCUGGAGCAGCCGCGACUCCACGGGAUGCCGAUAAGUCUGCCCGGGAUGCAACCGGCGAGAUUUGAGCAGCCGCCAGGGUAUUUUUUACCCGCCCCUGAGGUGAGCCGCGUGGGCAUGCGAAUGCCAGAGUUCACGCCGUCGGACCCUGAGCUCUGGUUCAGUAUCGUCGACCGGAGUUUCCAAGCCGCCGGAAUCACGGUCGACGCAACGAAAUUCGGGUACGCGCUGACGGCCAUCGGACCGCGCUAUACGGUCGAGGUGCGCGACGUCAUCAUGAAUCCGCCCGCGGAACGCGCGUAUGAGACAUUGAAAUCAGAGCUGAUCAAACGGCUCAGCUUGUCGCAGGAGCACAAAACCCGAAGACUCCUGGAGCACGAAGAGAUCGGGGAUCGCAAGCCGUCGCAGUUCUUGCGGCACCUGCGCGGCCUCGCCGGAAGUGUCGUGGGCGACCAGGUCCUGCGAACGAUCUGGCUAAGUCGGCUGCCGGCGUAUAUUCAGCCGCAUUUAGUGACGCGAACGGGAGACACGCCAGAACAAUUGGCGGACAUCGCGGACGCGAUAAUCGAGGCAACCCGGGCGCCGAUAUUCCAAGUGGCGGAAGCGACGAGAGCCGUGGCGCCUCAGGGGCAGAACGCAAGUGAUCCCGCGUCUCUGGAGGCGAGAUUCGAGGUGCGGCUGGCGCAGAUGCGGCUGACGAUGCAGCAGGAGAUCGCGGAGCAGAUGGCGGCGAUUCGGCACUCAAUUGAGGCGAUCGGCGGUGCGCGCUACCGAGGAAGUCGCGAUGACGACCGACGUCGUCCGCGUUCGCGUUCGCGUUCGCGCCCGCGCGCGCGAUCGGGAGGUCGCGAUCCGCCGGCCAGUGGAAUGUGCUGGUAUCACUGGCAAUUCGGGGCGGACGCCAGACAGUGCAGGGCACCCUGCUCGAUGCAGCAGGGAAACGCAGGGGCCGGUCGCUAG